AUGGAUGACGAGUUUCUCUCUAACUUGAACCCGGCUCAGUCCGGAGACCCCGAGGUUUUCAGCCCCAACUCCACCGAGGAGCCGGGCUGGUGGGCGUCCUCUGACGGCGGGGAGACGGUCCACUUCGUCGUGCGCUGCGUCAUGACCUCGGUGUACAUCCUGAUCAUCACCGUGGGUCUGCUGGGCAACAUCACCUUGGUGAAGAUCUUCAUCACCAACAGCGCCAUGCGGAGCGUCCCCAACAUCUUCAUCUCCAGCCUGGCGGCGGGAGACCUGCUGCUGCUGGUCACCUGCGUGCCCGUGGACGCUUUCCGCUACUUCUCCGAGGAGUGGGUGUUCGGCGAGGCGGCGUGCAAACUCAUCCCGGUCAUCCAGCUCACCUCGGUCGGCGUGUCCGUGUUCACGCUCACGGCGCUCAGCGCAGACAGGUAUAAGGCCAUAGUGAACCCCAUGGACAUCCAGACGUCCAGCGCGGUCUUCUGGACGUGUCUGAAAGCUGUUUCCAUCUGGCUGCUGUCCGUCCUGCUGGCUGUUCCUGAGGCCAUUUUCUCACAAGUCGUCUCCAUGCAGGGCCACAGAGACAACACAAAUGUCACCUUCGUGAACUGCGUGCCCUACCCGCUGUCCAAUCAGAUGCAUCCUAAGAUCCACUCGGUGAUGAUCUUCUUGGUUUACUUUCUCAUUCCUCUGGCCAUCAUCUCGGUGUAUUACUACCACAUCGCCCGCACACUCAUCAAGAGCGCCCACGACAUGCCGGGAGAAGUCAGCGAACACACCAAGAGACAGAUGGAGACGAGGAAGCGUCUGGCCAAGAUCGUGCUGGUGUUUGUGGGCCUGUUCGCCCUGUGCUGGUUCCCCAACCACGUGCUCUACAUGUACCGCUCCUUCCACUACCACCAGAUGGAUCUGUCGCUGGCCCACCUCGUCAUCACCCUGCUGGCCAGAGUCCUCAGCUUCUCCUCCUCCUGCGUCAACCCCUUCGCCCUCUACCUGCUCAGCGAGAGUUUCCGCAGGCACUUCAACAGUCAGCUGCGAUGUGGUCGAGGUCCUCGUCCUGAGCGCCAGCCCAGCUACCUGCACAGCACCUCGCACAUCCGCCUCACCUCCAUCAAAAAGACAACGCCCACCGCCGCCAUCAUGGCUCCGGCAGCGAACGGCAACCCCAACAGACAGGAAGUGGCUCUGUGA